AAAAAAAAGGCUUGUGUGAUGUAACUUCACCUCGAAAACGAAACUGAAAGUAUUGUCACAGACCCACCAACAUUAGGGCCCCUUUUUAUUCUGUGCAUUUGGGCUUGGUGUUCAGUAACACUGACAGCGGAUCAGGCUAGUGACUGUCACACUGAGGCUGCUUUACACAAUGGCUGAUUUCUCGCUACUUUUCGUAUUGACUUUGUCUGUCGCUGUUCCACGUGGAAAUGGUGAACUUGCUACUUUAAAGUUCGAGGCCCAGCCGGGAACCAUUCAUCCCAUUCUUACCAAGGAACUUGAACUGAGAUGCUCCGUGCACAAUUCUAACUGGAAAUUUGAGAAAAGUACCACGACCACUUCCUUUCUGCAAUAUUUCAACACCAAGCAGCCUUUGUGGAACGAUACUGCAAAGUCUAACGAUACCUCAAACGUCCAAAGCUCCAAUUCUCAGGAUCAGGCGGAGUUCUCUCGUCUGCUGUCACUGGUCGUGACAAGGGUCAACAACGAAUCAGGCGAGAAUGAAACAAUAGCCAGUGUGACCGGAUGUGAUACUCCCGUGAUUGAGAACAGAUUUGUGAACACUCUCCAAGUGGUAGGUAGCACUGAAGGUUCACCAGUAUUUGGGGAACAGGGCUACCUGACUUUAACAUGGGAUAGCCCAGUUGAAAAAGAUGCCGGCUACUUCAUCUGUGAGGCGUACGCUUUAAACUCCAACAAGCACCCAGUAUCACUCUCAGCUUCUCUUCAAAUCAACGCCUUGCAGCCACAAAUUUCUGACCUGGUCAGUUAUAUUUCUACGAAUGACAAGUACAUUUUAGAUAUGAAGGCCAAGGUCACCGAAGUGUAUGAAGAGAAUCAAAAGUUACGAGAACAGGCCAGGGAAUUGGCUUUACAAAAUGACUACAUUCUGAACCGACUGGACCAACUGAGAGGUCAAAAUUCCCAGAAUGGUAGAUUUCUAUGCAGUUAUUCAACAUACAUUGACUUCAACCCUCCCUUCAACAGCACUCCAAGAGUGAUCUUGUCAAUUGCCUCCUUCUCUUUCAGCUACAGUUACUCCUACUCCGUGUCUCUCCAGAGUGUGAGUAACACAAGUUUCUCUGUCUACUGCAGUAACCCCAGCGGAUCAACUCAGGUCGACUGGUUUGCUACUGACUAGUGACUCCGUACCACGCAUUAUACGCUUGUGUCGACCGAGACCAGUCGUCGUAGAAACUCUGAACGUCGCAACUUGUGGAGUGGAGGCCAAUAUCUCGUUGCCACGUCGCAGGUCUGUACUACUGCUAUGGCAAUCAGAUAUUGGUCCCCAAUGCUCACAGGAUGCGACGUCACAGAUCAGUGUCGAUAUCCACAAUGAUGAUUGGUCUAGUUUUACAUAUAGUAAAGCAUGGUGUCGCUUAGUAGCUAACUAUAGCGUAACACAAAUACUACUGCGAAUUUUCUUUUUCAAAUAAUUCAUAACGUAAUGCUUUUGUGAAAUAGCUUCUUUUUUUCCAUUUUUUAAAUAUUAUUUUGUAUUAAAGUCUUGCAGUGUUAGGAUGAGAUUAAGCUUUGUGUAACUAUACAUCCCUCAGAGUCCUUGUGUUACUAGAUAUUUUUUUACGACCGUUAUAUAUAUACAAUGUUUAACUUAUAAAUCGAGAUUUCAUAUACCUUUCAAUUGUUGUACUAUGCAAUAGUGUCAAAUUCCCCCCAAAAAAUAUAAAAAAUUACUGUCUAUGCAAAAUUGUAUACGAGAUUUAACAUAUUUUUCCAUGUUCAAUUUCUUAAUUAAUAUUUUUUUAAAGCUAAUAUGUUAAGGUUAUAAAACGUCUGAGCUCUUUACAUAUUUACUUACUUUUAUCCCCAAUUCAUUAAAUCCCUUGAAUUAUCAUCUUAAAAAAGGUCUCUUAUGUUUUAUUCAUUUCGCUAAUAACUAGAAUGCUCGUUUUUAAUCUAUAUUUGAGAGCAAUUUUUCAGUAAUUUCCAUUGUAUUAUUAUUCGUUUUUUUUUAAAACAGUUAAUAAAUAAACAACAAAAUAUUCUGAAUUUGAGAUUGGAAAGUUAAGAACAUUGUCAGCCGUAACAAUAAAAAAAAAAGAGUAAGUUUAAUUCAGAGUCUGUUGAAAAAGGCCAGCAUAAAAAUGUAACAAUUAGGCCCAAUAUAUUAUUUCAAUUUCUAUGCACAAUAGUAAAAAAGAGGAGAAAGAUAUAUAAACACUUUUAGUGUCUGAAAUCAAGGUCAAAGUGACGAGCUUGUGAGGUUAUAAAAAAAAAGUAUUUUAAAAAAGUAAUAGAAAAAGUUCUGGAAAAAAAGGACAAAUGGUUUAAUUUCUCAAAUAAUACUUAUUUGACCUUGUUGUGAAAUCUACAGAAUGUAUAUAAAUAUAUUUUUUUUUACUUUUAUAAAACUUUUUUUUAAUGUCUUGUAGAGACAUAUCUUUGACAAUUAAAACAAUGUUUCAAACAA